AUGUCCAAGAGAGGACGUGGAGGAGCAUCUGGAGCCAAGUUCCGCAUUUCUCUUGGUCUUCCCGUCGGUGCCGUCAUCAACUGCGCUGACAACACUGGUGCCAAGAAUCUUUUUGUCAUCGCUGUGUAUGGUAUCCGUGGAAGACUUAACAGGCUUCCCAGCGCUGGAGUUGGUGACAUGUUUGUCGCUUCGGUGAAAAAGGGAAAGCCCGAGCUGAGGAAGAAAGUUCUACAAGCCGUAGUCAUCCGACAACGCAAGCAAUUCAGACGAAAAGACGGUACUUUCAUCUAUUUCGAAGACAAUGCCGGAGUGAUCGUCAACAACAAAGGAGAAAUGAAGGGCUCUGCCAUCACUGGACCUGUUGCCAAAGAGUGCGCAGACUUGUGGCCUAGGAUUGCUGCCAACGCUGGAUCUAUUGCUUAA